AUGAGUCAAAGCAAUGAUGAUUGGGGGGAUAUGGUUCUCCCAGGUGUUUACAUGAUCCAGCGGUCUACAGGUACCGGAAUGACAAGCGGAACGGUACCACCAGAUAAAACGGUGAAUUUGGAACUCGUUCACCUUGAAAUCAGCGAAUCCGAAGAGUACAUUGAACUACUUCAAAAGAGCAACAAUGAGAUUGCCGCGUACUUAAAAGAGAAGCGAGAGAGUCGUUCAGCAGAGGAGGAGGGUGGAGGUGCCGUAUCGAUGAUUGAGCUCUCCGAUGGAGGUGUGGAGGAAGAGGACGAUGAUGCAGUUUUUCGUGAGGCAUUAGAGGAGAAUGCACUGGUCAUUGCGAGAAAGAAGAGGGAACUGGAGCAGUUGCGUGCGCUCAUCAGCGAACAGCGGUGCGGGUGCUCGUGCGCUCACACUCAGCACCACGACCGUCAGCCGAUUGCAGCUCCCAGGAAUGAAACAAGAAUCAUUCUGUGA